CAUCAAUCUCUCUCCCCUCAAUCACCCACUCGGCCAGCACCAUCAAGAGAGGGAGAAGAACCUCUGUAAACAUACCUCCAUAGCCAUGAACCGAGCUCAAGGAGGAAGAAGGCUCAAGGAAGAAGAAAAGCUUGGAAAAGAAGAGAAAAACUUAGUAAAACCAAGGAAUUUUACCAAGGUAUUCUAGACUUCUCGAGGAACCUAGGAGUGGCCGGAAAGUCGCCGGAGCCGCCGGAGUUUUCGCCGGAAAAUUCAAAGGUCGCCGGAGUUCAAACAAAGGGGAUAAAAACUCGCUAGCGUCAUUUCAAGGUUGAAGCUAGAGCUUACUUCCUGCACCCGUUGCUCGGGAGAUCGAUGGAGAGAAGACGUGGUUCGUGCUUCCUCUCGUUCCAUUUUUAAAUAAUUAAAUAAUGCUCAUGGAACUAUUUUGACUUAUAAAUUAAUGGAGCCUGCGAGCUCUUGUUUUACCCUUGUGUGGGUUCUUAUUAAACACUUAUAUUCCGCUAUGUGUUUGAUUGUAUGUUGAUGUUGUUAUGUAUGUUUACUAAUCGGUUUUGGCAUAUGUAUCUAUCGGACGUCUUGUGCAAUUCGGUAAGGAUGAACUGCAGUUAUUCUUAUUGGGUUGUACGACGGUUGUCCACGUGGCACAGACGCGGUCUGGGGCGUGACAAUUAAGUGGUAUCAGAGCCAGACGAUUUCUAAACUAUAUAGUCAACCUCUCAACAGAGUUUCUAUCAAAACAGUUUUCAAUGAAAAACCAUGAGCAUAAGUUUUGUACUUUAAGAGCAUUUGGUUAUCGAGUUGCAAGGUCUCUGGUUGUUAAGAUGGGCCCCUUAACAAUUGGUAUGGCAGUGACUUGAGCCAAGUUGUGUCUUGAGUACGUUUCUGUCAGUUGACAUUCAAACGAGUCCAAAGACUCAUUCCAACAUAUUCUUUCAGGAAUGGGUGGUAGUGAUAGGGCGGUUCGAGGAAAUCCGAGAGGGCGCGCAUCGGGGAUAACCGGGCAAGCCAAUCGGGGGAUAUCAAGGUCACGUAAAAGGCGAGGUAUGGGCAAUCAAGGCCCACGAACACGAGCUGCGAUGGCUGAUCACAAUGUGACUGAAUUCGAGUCGUGGAACUCGGAGGAUGACUCAACUUAUCACCCUCAAAGCGAGUCAGAUGAAACUUCUUUUGAGGAAAACAGUGGAGAGGAUAUACGUAGUAUUCCUCCGGACCAUGUUAGUGAGAUGUACCGAUGGUACCAACGUGAAAUGGGAAGACAACGACAGGGAUCUCAGGAGGGACAUGUCAGAGGCGAGACCUCUCUCAGGAGGGUUCGGGGUGCUCUUACAGCACAGGUUAAGACAGUCAGAGAUUCUGAUGGCGAAGGACCAUUCGUUAGGAUCUCAAAGUAUCUCAAAGAGGCUAGAGCCUUGGGGUGCAAACCAUUUGAUGGGACGGAGGACAUAUCAGAAGCAGCCGAGUGGAUAAAAAGGUUAAAUGAUGCAGCUGAGGACAUGCAGGUGGUCCCUGAACGAAAGUUAAGGGUGGCCACUAGAUUAUUGGAGGGUUUAGCUUCUACUUGGUGGGAAGGCACCAAGGGUAAGUUUGACGGGGUUGUCACGUGGGACAACUUCGAGCAAGCAUUCUAUGAGCAGUUUUACACCUCAUUCGAAGUAAAUCGAAAGAGGAGGGAAUAUAUCGAUCUCAAACAGGGAAAUGAGUUUACGGUGAAGCAACUGGAACAAAGAUUCCGACAUCUGGCAAGGUUCUUGCCUGAGUAUGCCGCAAAUGAGAACCGAAUGGCAAACCAUUUUUGGAAUGCACUCAAUUUGGAAAUACGCGAAAGAGCGACCUACCAAUUCAACAUGACUUUUAGUCAAGUAGUAGCCCAGGGUCUCCAGGGGGAGGAGCUUUGGAAGGAAAGGCAAGCAAGGGAUGCAAAGGAAGCACAAGAAAGAGAUCAGGUGAUCAUUCACCCUCCACGACGAGAGGGGAAGUAUGAACUUCAUAGCAAGGAGGACUCUAACAAGUUAGUUCCGUUUUUCAGUGAGAGUCAGAACUUGGUAAGUCAAAGCUCAAGCACUCGGGGCACGGGGGCACCCAAAUGUGAGAAUUGUAGGCGAAGGCACUACGGGAGAUGUCGAGAGCCAUCUAGAUGUUACUUUUGUGGAGAAACAGGCCACAUCAAGGUCCUUUGUCCUCAACGUACGCGUGAAGGAACAUCAGGAGCUAGAGGAGGGGUCACGGGGGUUGAAAACCCAACUAGGGUUGCCUCAAACGUGGUACCUUCUACAAGUCAAUGGCGAACUCGCUCGUGAAGGCCGGAAAUGGCGGAAGCCAUUUGUUAGGCCCGACUAUGGCAUAAGGUAUUAUUAAAUUAAACUUUAAUUUCCAUAAAUAUUUUUAUGUUCAAAAUUUUUAGCUUCAGAAAAUGAAGGGAGAAAUGUUUCUCAAGGUUCAGACGUUAAUUUCGGGGACGAAAUUCCUGUAAGGUGGGGUGAACUUGUAACACCGGACCCGAAUUUUACUGUGAGAAAUUUUUUUUCAUCAAGUACUGGGUUAAAGAAGGUAAAUCAAGGCUAAGAGUAGUCUUGAUAAAUGAGAAAGUAAAAAUUUUGUCUUAAAUUAAUAAAGGGUUAUUAAUUUAGACGUGGGACCACUCGUGAUAUUCUAAGUUCAUUUAUAAAAUAUUAAUGUUUACCAAAAUGAUACUAUUAUGAUAGUAGGGAUGGGUCAUGGACCCAGUGAUAUAAAGAAACGACAACUAGACGGCCAAGCGGGCUGGGGUCUCUAUUCGAUAAUUGUGAAUCAUUAAUCAUCGAACUGAUAAUAAUUCGGAAGGCUACGAAUUAAUAACAGAAGGAAUAUAAAUGUUUUAAAAACCCAAAAUAAUGGGAUGAUAAUGUAUGAUUAAAUUGACAUAUUAGAGGUGGGUACUUUUGGAGGACCCUACCUUGAAGAUAUUUUCGUAUAAGAAUAAACAGAUAAGAUUUUAUCUGCUUAUACAGUUGGGACCACUUAAAAAUAAGUGUAACAUUUUAUUAAAGUGUCACAAAAUAUGAAAACACAUAUUUAGUCAUUAGGACUGAUGGAUGAAUUUUUAAAGCAACGUGUUCUCAUUUUUACUGUUACUUGAACAGUAAAAUGCACGUUGGGCCCACACAUGGGCGGGGACCAUCCGAUGUUUACGGACCACAUAUUAUAUUCAUAUUGGUUUAGAUAAUAUUUAUAUGAGGUUGUAAAUAAAUGUUGAGCCAUAAAGUUGGCAUUUCGAUCAAACGAGGUCUCAUUACCAGUAUAGGUAAUUAAACCGAUAACAGCCCAAAAUUAAUUUCGGCGACCACGAAAUUAAAGUGGGAUAUAUAUAUUCAUUUUAGAGGCCAAUAUUAAUUGGAAGAAUGAUAUAUAUUUUAUUCAACACGAUAAAAUAAAAUAUAAUUGAAACAGUCCAGAAAAUACAACUUUCGGGACCGAUUGUACACUUUUGGACUUAAAGGGAUGACCUCCCACAUUAGUGGGGGCCACCCCACGAAAUUAUUCAGCAAAGUAGACAAAGGGACGGCUGUAUAAUGGUAGGAAAGAAAUAGGAAGUUGGCUUGGAGUGAUGAGCAUCAAUGAGAGACAUAUGUGGACCCUUUUCCUUAAUAUUAUGGGUGGAAUGAGCCAAAAGGACAUCAAUCUCUCUCCCCUCAAUCACCCACUCGGCCAGCACCAUCAAGAGAGGGAGAAGAACCUCUGUAAACAUACCUCCAUAGCCAUGAACCGAGCUCAAGGAGGAAGAAGGCUCAAGGAAGAAGAAAAGCUUGGAAAAGAAGAGAAAAACUUAGUAAAACCAAGGAAUUUUACCAAGGUAUUCUAGACUUCUCGAGGAACCUAGGAGUGGCCGGAAAGUCGCCGGAGCCGCCGGAGUUUUCGCCGGAAAAUUCAAAGGUCGCCGGAGUUCAAACAAAGGGGAUAAAAACUCGCUAGCGUCAUUUCAAGGUUGAAGCUAGAGCUUACUUCCUGCACCCGUUGCUCGGGAGAUCGAUGGAGAGAAGACGUGGUUCGUGCUUCCUCUCGUUCCAUUUUUAAAUAAUUAAAUAAUGCUCAUGGAACUAUUUUGACUUAUAAAUUAAUGGAGCCUGCGAGCUCUUGUUUUACCCUUGUGUGGGUUCUUAUUAAACACUUAUAUUCCGCUAUGUGUUUGAUUGUAUGUUGAUGUUGUUAUGUAUGUUUACUAAUCGGUUUUGGCAUAUGUAUCUAUCGGACGUCUUGUGCAAUUCGGUAAGGAUGAACUGCAGUUAUUCUUAUUGGGUUGUACGACGGUUGUCCACGUGGCACAGACGCGGUCUGGGGCGUGACAUUUAUUUAAGAGAAAUAAAGAAUUUAGUGGAUGCUCUUGCUGCAAUUAAUUCCCUUGUCUCGAAUAAAGAACUCCUUCAAUCUGUUCUGACUGGCUUGGGACCAGAACAUCUGUAACACCGCCCCCAAGUAUUUGUACUUUAUCAAAUUAUGUAUUGAACCCGAGAAAUGAAUAAACGCAUUUUACGUGAUUGUGAA